UACAUAAAGCAAAGCACCACCACACAAUCAAUGAAUCCAUCCUUCCACUCACUGCCCUCUUCCUUCAUUCCUUCAAGGUUUCAAAACAACAAUCACCCACCCACCCACCUAGCAGUUUCAAAACAGAAGUUCAUGAUGAUACACCAACCCUUUUCAUCUUCAUCCACAUCUUCAUAUUCAUCCUUUUCUCCAUUUUUUCCACUUCAAAUCAAAUCUAAAUCUUUUCAAAUGUUCAAUACACCACCACCUUAUCUCUAUAUCAACAAGAACUUAACUUUCCCUCUUAACAUCCAUCACUAUCCAUCACCAUCUUGUUCUCUGCAUUUUUCCACCAACAACACUUCUGAUUCAACCUCUUUUGCAGUCUCCUACCUCAUCAACACUUUUAACUUCACCCCAAAAUUUGCUUCCAAACUCUGCUCCACUUACAAGGUAUAUUUCAAGACAACCCAAAACGCUGAUUUAGUUCUCAACUUCUUUAGAAACAAUGGUUUCUCAGAAACCCAAUUAAGUAAUAUGAUUUCCAAAGGACCAUGGCUACUUUGCUGCAACCCCUCCGUAAGGCUCAUCCCAAAGUUUCAAUUUUUCCUCUCCAAAGGUGCUUCUAAAUCUGACAUUGCUAACCUUGUCAGUAAGUACCCUAUGGUCUUGUCUCCAAGCCUGGAGAAUCAUAUAGUCCCAACCUAUGAAUUGUUGUAUAGAUUCAUGCAAUCAAACAAGGAAACUAUUAAUCUUGUAAUUCACAAACCAUAUUUACUUAGUUCUUAUGUUGUGUUAAAUAACAUCAAAAUAUUGGUUGAUAUUGGAGUGAAGGACUCAACUAUUGUAAGAUUGUUUGAGCUUCGGAGCUGUACUCGGUUAUUCCAGACGAAUGAAAUGUUAGAGAUGGUGGAGGAAUUAAAGAAUUCAGGGUUUCAUCCAUCAAAAACAACUUUUGUUAUAGCAUUGCUUUCUAGAGAAAACAAACCAGCAUGGAACGAAAAAGUUGAUUUAUAUAAGGAGUGGGGUUGGUCUGAUGAAGAUGUAGAAGAAGCUUUUAAAAAGCAGCCUCAUUGUAUGUUGGUAUCUAUUACUAAAAUUAAUUCUGUGAUGAAUUUUUGGGUCAAUCAAUUGGGUUGGGAUGCUCGCGCCAUUGCCAAAGCACCGCAUAUUUUGUCGUUAAGUUUGGAAAAAAGGAUCGCUCCAAGGGCCCCCAUUGUGCAAUUUCUGAUGGAGAGUGGUCUGCGAAAAGAGAAUGCAAGCUUAACUUAUCCAUUUGUAGUGUCUGAGAAGUUGUUUCGUGAUACCUAUUUAAAACGUUUUAAGGAGGAGUCUUCGAAUCUAUUAAAGCUGUAUGAGGAAAAACUUAGUCUUGCAUACACCACCGACAAAAAUGGCAUGCGAUGAUCAGUUUUUUCAGGUAAUGUGCUUGUAACUUAUAAUUGUUACCAGUUGCAUUUGCUACAUUGUUAUCAACUACCAACACUUUUCCUUUAUAAUCAUGCAGCAGCUUUGCAGAAAUUAGUGUCAUGUUCUUGAUUCUGAAAUCUGAUUGUUGCUUCUUUCAUCAACCAUUCUUGCAUUGGAGCCGUGGAUUUAGAAAAUAGUUUUCACAGAAACUUGUAGUUGUAGCUUUGUUCUGGCCUGCCGUGUGUUUGAAGGCUAAUAUAUCGCACUUCCGAAUACACUGAAAGAGUUGUUGUAGCUAGUAGAAAAGCAGUCAUCAAUCAUAUAGAAUCAUUGGAAAGUGUUUAUUCUU